UGCACCAUGACCCACUUUAAGGCUUUUCUAUUCAGAAUGUGUGUUAUAUCAAUUCCGAGUGCACAAUAUGCUUCCAGGUUGAAUUUCACUGUGACGGGCGUAUAUUGUACCGUUUGCGGUACUCUUGUUGUCAUUGUAUUGAAUGGAGAAAAGUAUGGUUUCUUUGGGGUGUUUUUUUUUUACAGCAGCAGAGUGAAUUUCGUGCUUUCACUUUUUUCUUUCUUUCUCAGAUACCCACAAACCCGCACAUGCAUGGUAUAUGUAAUAAUUAAUUCAGUGCUAGCAUUGUCGGUAUCAUAAGAAUUGAAAUUUCUUGUACAGUUACUUAACAUUACAUGUAGUCUUCCAUAAUGUUAAAAUACAUUUUAAAUUGAUUUUAGACGUACUGUUCACAACGCACUUAAAGCAUAUCCAGCGGUUAAAGAAUUUCUGAAGAGCAGUCAUGUAAGAUGCGAAAAGCCAUAUCACUAUUACUAUGAUGGCAAUGGGCAAGAAGAAACGUGUCCGACCGAAUUUAAAUUGGUCACUGAGGUAUACAUUGGAAAGGAAUGGUGCAACGUGGCUAAUCCAAAUUGCCAGUGUGUUACAACGGCAUCUUGCGAAACACCAAAGGAACCUUGUGCUGGUUAUCAAAAUUACCCUAAGACUAGUUCCUGCAUGUAUGCCGGAUUCCGAUACUUUCGUGUCUGGGUUUACUGUAGAAGUUGUGGUUUCAAGUUGAUAAAACUGAAAUUGCCCCAGUGUUGUUCAUGUAUGAAAUUCCAAACAUGCAAUGGAAAUGGUAAUGGUAAUGGAAAUGGUAAUGGCAAUGGAAAGGGAGAUGGAAACCACAAUGGAAAUGGAAACGGGAACAGUUAUGGAAAGGGAAAUGGAAACGGUAAUGGAAACGGAAAUGGAGACGGAAAUGGUAUUGGCAAUGGAAAGGGAGAUGGAAACCACAAUGGAAACGGGAACGGUUAUGGAAAGGGAAAUGGAAACGGGAACGGUAAUGGAAAUGGAGAUGGAAAUGGAAAGGGAGAUGGAAACCACAAUGGAAAUGGUAACGGGAACGGUUAUGGAAACGGAAAUGGUAAUGGAAACGGAAAGGUAGAUAGAAAAGGUAACGGAAAUGGAGAUGGUAAUGGAAAUGGUAAUGGAAAGGGAGAUGGAAACCACCAUGGAAACGGGAACGGUUAUGGAAAGGGAAAUGGAAACGGGAACGGUAAUGGAAAUGGAGACGGAAAUGGUAAUGGAAACGGAAAGGUAGAUAGAAAAGGUAACGGAAAUGGAGAUGGUAAUGGAAAUGGUAAUGGAAAGGGAGAUGGAAACCACCAUGGAAACGGGAACGGUUAUGGAAAGGGAAAUGGAAACGGGAACGGUAAUGGAAAUGGAGACGGAAAUGGUAAUGGAAACGGAAAGGUAGAUAGAAAAGGCAACGGAAAUGGAGAUGGAAAUGGUAAUGGCAAUGGAAAGGGAGAUGGAAACCACAAUGGAAACGGGAACGGUUAUGGAAAGGGAAAUGGAAACGGGAACGGUAAUGGAAAUGGAAAGGGAGAUGGAAACCACAAUGGAAAUGGUAACGGGAACGGUUAUGGAAAUGGAAACGGUAAUGGAAACGGAAAUGGAGACGGAAAUGGUAAUGGAAACGGAAAAGUAGAUAGAAAAGGUAACGGAAAUGUAGAUGGUAAUGGAAAUGGUAAUGGAAAAGGAGAUGGAAACCACCAUGGAAACGGGAACGGUUAUGGAAAUGGAAACGGGAACGGUAAUGGAAAUGGAGACGGAAAUGGUAAUGGAAACGGAAAGGUAGAUAGAAAAGGUAACGGGAAUGGAAAUGGCAAUGGUAAUGGAAACGGUAACGGAAAUGGAAAGGGAAAUGGUAAUGGAAAAGGAGAUGGAAACCACAAUGGAAAUGGAAACGGGAACGGUUAUGGAAAGGGAAAUGGAAAGGGAAAUGGAGACGGAAAUGGUAAUGGAAACGGAAAGGUAGAUAGAAAAGGUAAUGGAAAUGGAGAUGGAAAUGGUAAUGGCAAUGGUAAUGGGAAGGGAGAUGGAAACCACAAUGGAAACGGGAACGGUUAUGGAAAGGGAAAUGGAAACGGGAACGGUAAUGGAAAUGGAGACGGAAAUGGUAAUGGAAACGGAAAGGUAGAUAGAAAAGGUAACGGGAAUGGAAAUGGCAAUGGUAAUGGAAACGGUAACGGAAAUGGAAAGGGAAAUGGUAAUGGAAAAGGAGAUGGAAACCACAAUGGAAAUGGAAACGGGAACGGUUAUGGAAAGGGAAAUGGAAAGGGAAAUGGAGACGGAAAUGGUAAUGGAAACGGAAAGGUAGAUAGAAAAGGUAAUGGAAAUGGAGAUGGAAAUGGUAAUGGCAAUGGUAAUGGGAAGGGAGAUGGAAACCACAAUGGAAACGGGAACGGUUAUGGAAAGGGAAAUGGAAACGAGAACGGUAAUGGAAAUGGAGACGGAAAUGGUAAUGGAAACGGAAAGGUAGAUAGAAAAGGUAACGGGAAUGGAAAUGGCAAUGGUAAUGGAAACGGUAACGGAAAUGGAAAGGGAAAUGGUAAUGGAAAAGGAGAUGGAAACCACAAUGGAAAUGGAAACGGGAACGGUUAUGGAAAGGGAAAUGGAAACGGAAAUGGUAAUGGAAACGGAAAGGUAGAUAGAAAAGGUGACGGAAAUGGAGAUGGCAAUGGAAAUGGUAACGGUUAUGGAAAUAGGAACGGUAACGGAAAUGGUAUUGGAAACGGAAAAUGUAAUGGAAACGGCAAUGGGAAUGGAAACGGUAACGGAAAUGGAGACGGAAAUGGAAAGGCAGAUGGAAAUGGUAACGGAAAUGGAAAUAAAGAUUGUAAUGGAAAUGGAAACUGUAAGGGAAAUGGUUAUGGAAAGGGAAAUGGAAACGGUAAUGGAAAUGGGAAUGGAAACAGCAAUGGAAAAGGAAACGGUAAUAGAAAUAGUAACGGUUAUGGAAACGGUAAUGGAAACGGGGACGGAAAUUGUAACGGUUCCGGCAAUGGCAAUUGUAACGGUUAUGGAAAGGGAAACGGUAAUGGAAACGGAAAUGGUUAUGGAAAGGGAACCGGUAAUGGAAAUGAAGACGGAAAUGGUAAUGGAAACGGUUAUGUAAAAAGAAAUAGUAAUGGAAAUGGUAAUGGAAACGGAAAGGGAGAUGGAAAUUGUAAUGGUCAUUGAAAGAGAGAUAGAAAUGCAAACGGUAAAGGAAAUGGAAGGGAGAAGUAAAUGGAAAUGAUUAUGGAAAGGGAGGUGGAAAUGGAAAUGUUGAUGGAUAGGAGGAUUGAAAUGGAGAUGGAAAGAGAUAUGAAAUGGAACUGGAUCAAAUCCUCAAUAAAUUUCCUGCAUUCAUACAAUGUGUGUUUUUAUUCUUUCUACACUACUGACAUCAUAUUCCC